AUGCAUUCCGUCACAGCAUCUCUCCUCCUCUCGGCGUCGGCCUUGACGGCUGCAAAGUACACGUUCGACCCCCUGGAGCACAUGUCAGGCAUCGCGCCCUACUUCGAGCCCCAAGACCCAACAAGCAACUUCGACCCUGCACCACCUCAGGGCUGCAACGUCACCAGGGCCACGUACCUCGUCCGUCACGCUGCCAUCUACGCCAACGACUUCGACUACGAAUCCUACAUCGAGCCUUUUGUCAAGAAGCUCGAAGCAAGCCAAGGCAACAGCUCCAUCGACUGGGACCGCUCGCACGCUCUGUCCUUCCUGACCACCUGGACAAGUCCCAUCGAGGAUGAAGACAUUGAGAAGUUGUCCAAGGUCGGCAGCCUGGAAGCCAUGAAGCUGGGCGUCGACGUCUACGAGCGCUACCAACACUUCAAGCAGCCCACCAAGGUCUGGACCAGCUCUGCCGAGCGCACUCUGCUCAGUGCCGAGAGCUUCGUCGAGGGCCUUGCCAUCAAAGAGAACGAGACGGAGAUUGUGCAGAUUGGCGAAUACAAGAAGACUGGCGCAGACUCGUUGACCCCCUACAAGGCCUGUCCCGCCUACUCGGGCAGCAGAGGAAGUGACCAGGCCAUGGUCUUCCAGAACAUGUACACUGCUCCCAUCAUCUCGCGCUUCCGUCAUGAGGUCCCCACCUUCAACUGGACCGCCUCAGACAUCUACGGCAUGCAGCAGCUCUGCGGCUACGAGACUGUGAUCCGUGGCGACUCGCCCUUCUGCUCUCUGGACCUGUUCAGCCCCAACGAGUGGCUCCAGUUCGAGUACACCAACGACAUCAUGUACCACCACAACACUGGCUACGGCAACCCUGCCUCGGGCGCCAUUGGCUUCCCUUGGGUCAAGGCCUCUGCCGACCUUUUGACCUCCCAGAACGCUAGCCAGGAUCUCUACGUCUCUUUCACCCACAGAGAGCUUCCUCCCACUGUUCUCGUCGCUCUUGGUCUCUUCAACAACACUGCCUACUCUGCUUCUGACGAUGUUAAUGCCACAAUGCCUUCAGACGGCAUCAACCCUCAGCGCGUCUGGCAGAGCAGCAACUUCAUGUCCUUCUUGACCAACAUCGCCAUUGAGCGCAUGGAGUGCGACAGCUUCGGCUUCCAGGACAACGCAAACCAGACUGGCGAAUACUAUCGUAUUCUGGUCAACAAGAACCCCAAGCUCCUGCAGGAAUGUACCGAUGGCCCUGGAAUGAGCUGUUCCAGAGAGAGCUUCUUGAAGUUUAUCGAUGAGAAGACUCAGAGAUUCUCAAACUUCUCCGAGGAGUGCGGUGUCACCUACAGCAAUUCGACUGAUGCGCUGACCAUUUACAACAACUGA